AACAAUAUAAAGAGUUUCUCAUUUCACAAUUCUCGUCCAACUUCUACCAUUCUAUACUUUCCCACAAAGUCGUCAAUUUUUGAACGCAUUCAACCCCUCUCAACACAAUUUUGCAAAUCGUCCACAAUUUCCUAUGAAUAGGCUCCCUGUCACCAAUACUUCAAGACAAAAUAAUCAAAAUCAUCCUACGCCUAUGUCAACUUCGACGAUCCAGUCACGUAGACCUUUUGUAAGACCCAAUUUCUUUUCGAAUAAUGGUCAACGCCCUAGCAUAGCUGUUCAAGAACUUACUAAUAACGAAUCCGAACCCACUAAUGAAAGCUCUACAGAAAAUGUAGCAAACCCCUUGGAAUCUUAUUAUUCUGAAGCUUGUUGUCCAGAAAAUCUCGUACAAGAUCAAUUUCAAUAUUAUGAAAACGAUUAUUCUCAAGAAAAUUGUCAAUCAACUCCUCAUCAACACUCCCCAGAAUAG